AUGGUCGGUCCGCGAACUGGGGGUUGGACCGCUCCGAGCGAAACAGAGCAAAAGAGUUUUAAAUGUCCGCCAUGUUGUCCAUGGCGCACUGAGCCAACGAUAGGGAGCGGAGCGUCGGAAAAAAACAGUCCGAGAGAGAGCGACCAAGAACCGGGCCUUCCCCCGGCUCCGUUGGCGACGCCCUAAAUACAAGCUACAACCAUUCGAACGUUAGAAUAGAGAUAACCGCACAGAAACAUCCAUGAAAGCUCCACUCGGUACCGUUUUGAAUAUUAGGAGAUCCGAUAGAUUUAUAUUGCAUCUCGAAUUGUGAAAAAUGAGUAAAUUGUCGUUUCGGGCACGGGCGCUGGACGCUUCCAAGCCACUACCCGUCUUCCGUUGUGAGGAUUUACCCGACCUACACGAAUAUGCAUCCAUUAACCGGGCCGUGCCGCAGAUGCCUACGGGGAUGGAGAAAGAAGAGGAAUCGGAACACCAUCUCCAGAGGGCCAUCUCGGCGCAGCAGGUGUAUGGCGAGAAGCGGGACAACAUGGUCAUCCCGGUCCCCGAGGCAGAGAGCAACAUCACCUACUAUGAAUCCCUCUACCCUGGGGAGUUCAAGAUGCCAAAGCAGCUAAUUCACAUACAGCCUUUCAGCUUGGACACAGAGCAGCCCGACUACGACCUGGACUCGGAAGACGAUGCGUUUGUCAACAAGCUGAAAAAGAAGAUGGAGAUCAGCUUCCUCCAGUUUGAGGAGAUGAUUGACCGGCUGGAGAAAGGCAGUGGACAACAGCCGGUGAGCCUUUCGGAGGCUAAACUGCUGCUGAAGGAGGACGAUGAGCUCAUCAAGGAGGUCUUCGACUACUGGAGCCGCAAGAGGAAAAACAGCAGGGCCAACUGUCUGAUCCCCACCGUCAAGCAGGAGAAACGGGACGUCUCCAGCACCAGUGACCCCUACGUGGCCUUCCGACGGCGCACCGAGAAGAUGCAAACCAGGAAGAACCGUAAGAAUGAUGAGGCGUCCUACGAGAAGAUGCUGAAGCUGCGCAGGGAUCUGAGCCGAGCCGUCACCAUCCUGGAGAUGAUCAAAAGGAGGGAGAAGAGCAAGAGAGAGCUGCUGCACCUCACACUGGAGAUCUUUGAGAAGAGAAACGUCAUGUCAGACUAUGGUGGUGAGGUGAUGGCAGAGGUGUUGGCUGAGCGGGCGCUGGUGAGGCCGCAGAUCAUUCCCCUGGUCCCUGUCACCAACCAGUACCGACACCAGGACCACAUGGACCCCAAGAACUACAAGUCCAAGCCCGAGAAGACAGAAGUUCCCCGACAAAAGAGGAAGUAUGAGAAGAAGCAGAAGGUGUUGCCUCUGUCGUCGGGCGCCCCCCAUCAUCCGGGUCCUCUUGUCUUCAAUGCCAAGGACCUCAACCAGUAUGACUUCCCCAGCUCAGAUGACGAGCCCUUCUCCCAGCUGCACUCAGGCUCAUCAGAAGCAGAGGAGGAGAACGACCCAGAUGGCGCCUUCGCCUUUCGCAGGAAGGCGGGCUGUCAGUACUACGCUGCUCGUCAGGACCGUGUGGGUAGCUGGCCAUGGUGCGGACCCUGGGACAGCGGUUUAGCAGAAGAUCGCUUUCGCUACAGUCUCACCACGCUCACCGUGCCGCGGCGCUGCCUCGGCAUGGCUCGACGGCGCGUGGGACGAGGCGGCAGGGUGCUGCUGGACAGGGCACACACGGACUAUGACAACGUUUUCCAUGGACUGGAUCCUGUAAUGCUCGACCUGCCUCUUCCCCCCUCUUCUCCUCCUCCUUCAACUACUUCUUCACGCUCGCCGGCCACCGACAAGUUUGCCAGUACCUCAGAAACAAAUACCUCGGACAAAAGUUCCUCCUCCUUCAACUCCUCCCUUUCCUCUACAUCUCCCUCUUCCACGGACCUCAGUCAGAUACUGUUGAAUAUAAAGUUGUGCCGGUGGAGGCACUUUAGACCACGGACACUACCACUACAUGAACUGGACCACGCCCACCCGCUAUUCAGGAAGUUGAGUCGAAACCUGAAGCGGCCCGUCUCCGCCUCCACGGCUGGGGGACAGCCCUAUGGCUCCAAGCGCCCGCUGAGGGUUGUCCCCGCACCCGCCGUUGCUUUCACAGCAGAACAGUACCAGCAGCAUCAGGAGCAGCUGGCCCUGAUGCAGAAACAGCAGCUGGAGCAGAUCCAGCUGCAACAGCUAGCCAACAGCACCGCUUCAAACAGCACAAAGAGUCUGGCGAAUACGUUGGACCAGGCCAGCGCUCAGUUAGCCGCCUCGGCCCUGGUCACCGCUGACAAACUGCUGGCUCUAAAAACCAAGGAGGAGCUGGCCCUGGGAGGCGGAGUCAACGGCGUCCUCUCCCCCUCAGGUGUCUACAAGGGCUCGCACCUCUUGAGCACAGCGUCCCCUUCCCCCGCUGCCCCGCCUCCACCCACUUCUACCCCGACCCCCGCCUUGCUCCACCCCUGCACCACCACCAGCUCCACCUUGGCCACCAGUAACAACAACGGCACCGCCCACCCUGUCAACACCGCCGCCACCACCGCCACCACUCAGGUCCUGCUGGGAAACAACAGCCUCCGUCUGGGCGUCCCCUCCGGCAAGCGCGUCCACGCCCCGCGGAUGCUGAGCGCCGCCAUGUCCACAUCCGCCUUAAAGCUCGCCGCCGCCACCGCCAACUGUCAGAAACCCAAGGUCACUAUGGCAACGGCCUCAGCGCUGGACAUAGUGCCCAGGGAGAAUCACGAACAAGACAAGCCAGCACUGAACAGUCUAUCAGAGAACACAGUGGCCAUGGAGGUGACGUAGCCUCCCCCCGGCACCACGGCCCAACCGUUAAAACUCCUUUUUGAUGUUUUUUUUUUUUUUUUUUUGGUGCUAUGCAUCAUUCGUUAGUGGUGAAAGCAAAUUGGUGGCGGAAUGAGCACGGCAAGGCUGGGUUUCCAUGGCAACUGUUUGGGACUUAAUUGCAAUGCUCGUCUCGUACAAUUCUUUUUCUCUCCCCUCAUUUCCCUAUUUGUUACUGUUAAUAAGAGAUCAUCUGUAAAUUCUUAAUAUGGCAAUUAUAUGUACAGUACUGCAUAUUUGUAAUACCCCCCCCCCCACCACCCUGUUCAUGUAUAUAACAUUACUUGAAUACAGAAUUGUUCAUUUGUGAUGUUUUGCACUCGAGAUACUAAAAAGAAGAAAAAAAAAUCAAAUUAAAAAGAAAAGGACAAACUACAACUGGUGCGAGUAUGAGGUGUGAAAGUUGUACCCCAGAAAGAUGUCUGUCAUCACGUGCAUGGUGGGACCUGCUGUCUGAUCUAUUUAUUGUGCAGUGUUUACACAGGGUUUUAUUUUAUUUUUUUUUAGUAAUGUUUUUAUUUUAUAUACACUGUACGCGUCACUGGUUCCCCGUGCUGUAGUCCGUGUUUAGCUAGGUUAAUUUUGGGGGGGGGUGUUGAGAACGUGGCCGGGAGCUAGCCCGUCGUGAGGCGUUCUUCCACGAUGCUCCGGGGCGUCCCGGCGCGUUCAUCCAGCCCGAGGGCAGUAGAAACACGGGUGGGAGUUGUUCGUCGUAGGCAUCAGUUCGUCAGGUCCACACAGCUCUUCCUUACAUGAAAUAUUCCCGAGACAAGUAACGGAACAAUGGGGAUGAUGACUCUUUCCCAGAAGACUUUGCUGCUUCUGACUUAUCUAAGCACUAUAAUUUUUUUGUUGAUUGAUGCUGCUUUUGUAUGAUUUCGGCCUCCGGUUUGCUCCAGAUGGCCUUAUUUACUUUUUCUUUAAAGAAUUAUUCCCCCACCUCCCCUUAUCAUUUUUCAAAAUAAAUAUUUUUGUAUUUUCCUCUUUUAAUUCUCACACAAAAAACAUUCUUUUGUUACUUGUUGAUCUUAAAAAAACGGGAAGGGUGUUAAAAAGCAGUAUCUGACAUUUAUCAUUCCAGCCUCUAUAUAAAAAGAAAACAUGUAUGGAUUGAAAAAGAAUGAAAUGUUUUUCUUUUCUUUUUUUUUAAACUCUCAAGAGGGCUGAAAGGCCAUGAACCACAAGUUAUCGGGUGCCUUCAUUUGGGGAAAAAAGAAUAAACUAUAUAAAAAGAAAUUGCUCUCUUCUGUGAAGAGUUUGGUACUGAACAAGGCUACUUGUAGUUUUUCUUUGUCUGUACCACGGUCCCAGUGCCCGUUCCGGUGGCCCAGGUAAUGAGUUUUUGUUUUUGUAGAUUCUUCCAACACACCCCACACUACACAUGGGAAAGACUAAGAAUCCUCUUGAAUUGUCACAAAAUGAAAUAAAAAUCCAGGGCAUUA